AUGGCGACUGCAGCACUUGCUCGUACCAUCGUUGGAGUUAUUGGGAACGUUAUCUCUUUCUGCCUGUUUAUCUCUCCAAUGCCAACGUUUUGGAGAAUAUUUAAGAACAAAUCAGUGGAGGAGUUCAAGCCAGAUCCAUACCUAGCAACGGUGGUGAACUGUAUGUUUUGGGUUUUCUAUGGUCUUCCCAUAAUUCAUCCUGAUAGCACUCUCGUCAUCACCAUCAACAGCGUUGGCCUCGCCCUCGAGUUGUUCUACCUCACCAUCUUCCUUAUUUAUACUACCAAUCACAAAAGGUUGAAGAUCGUUCUUUAUCUUGUGCUGGAGGUGGUGGUUCUCGUUGCAGUUGGUGUUCCAACGAUUCUAAAAGUUCACACGCAUGAAAAGAGAUCCAUGGUUGUGGGUAUUUUCUGCGUCAUAUUUGGAGGAUUGAUGUACGCUGCUCCUCUCACCAUUAUGAGAAAGGUUAUAAAAACAAAGAGUGUAGAAUUUAUGCCAUUUUGGCUCUCCUUUGCUGCUUUUUCUAAUGGAGUUAUCUGGCUCAUCUAUGCUCUCAUAAAGUUUGAUCCCUACAUCUUCACUGGGAAUGGUUUGGGAACAUUGUGUGGUGCUGCACAGCUGAUUCUAUACGCAUACUACUACAAGUCAACUCCAAAGGGCAAUGAGAAAAACCCACCUCAAGUCCAGAUGGCAGCAUUGCCUUAAUUGAUGAUCAUUUUCAGAAUCCAUUGCUCCAUCCACCUUUCUUUUUUUUUU